AAUUAAAGGAACCAAAAGAAAAGCAAAAGUUGAAUAGGAUUUGUUCUUACUUCUCUCUCUCUCUCUCUCUCUCUCUCCUGUGGUGUCUGCUUUCUUAAUCUCUCUUCCUUCUUUGCUUCCUCUUAGCAAAGAAGAGAAGGGAGUAAACAGCAAUCUCAGACGUCCAGAGAAAAAAAAAGGGACAAAGACAAGAAAGCAAUUAUAUAUAUAUAUAGUCAUUUGUAUUGAAGUUGUUGUUCUUUUGUUGCUGGGGAGAAGCAAAGAAGAGGGCUAAAGAUGUUGGUUGCGAAUAGUUUUGAUUUAUGGCAAAAGGACACCUUCUUUUCGGCAGCUGAGGAGGUUCAGCAAUCUGCUGACAUAAUGGAGUCGGCUUAUAGAACAUGGCUCAGAGCAAGAAGAGAAGGAUUGAUACCUCAGCAUUUAGAUGAACUUGAUAGAGAACUUCAAAUGGCUCUGGGCACUGCAAAAUGGCAGUUGGAAGAGUUUGAAAGGGCUGUUCGUCUAAGCUACAGAAACCAAGGUGAUGAUAUUACAAUUACCCGGCAUAGGCAAUUUGUUUCUGCUAUUGAAGACCAAAUUUCCCGUGUCGAAACAGCCCUGAAGGAGUCACUGAACGUGGAAGGGAAGAAACCAUUUCGGUGGGUAAAUUUGGAUGAAGAAGAUUGUGAUGACUUGGCUCUUUUUCUUUCUGGAGCUCCGGGUACAUCACAAAGGAUCAAAGAUGAAGGCGUAAAGCUGGGAGCAACGGCAACUGGCUCGCUUGGUAAAAGUAAUACAAAAGAAGACAGCAGUUUCGGCUCCGAGGUUGGUUCCAAAAUGCAGAUCCAGACCCGUGGGCAGAGUUCAGAAGACGUUACCACAAGUAUUGAUGAUAUCAAUUGCAUCAUAGAGCUACAAGAGCGCGAAUUUCCUGAGGCAGGAGACGAAAUUAGCUGUCAAGCUGAUCAAAUCACGAAUAACCGCAGAACUUGGAGCUCACCGGAGAGGACUCCUCUUGAGAUAGUUAUUGAUAGUGAUGAAAGAGAGAAGACUGCAUUGAUCGAAGCAACACCCAAAGAGAAAGGUUUCAGACCCUUCUUUUGGAGGUCGAGGGGCGAAAGCUAUCCUGGAGCCAAAGCAGUGCUAAUGCAUGCCCAGAUGAAAAUGGUCACUUGGAUCAAUCAGCACUGGAGAGUAGCUCAUAGAAGUCAGAGACAACAACAGGGGUCACUAGUGCUGCCAGUCCAUUCUAUACGUUUCCUGCUAGCUUUGAUGCUAACCAUUUUUUUAGUUGUACCGUUUCUUCUCUACACGACUUAAGCCAUGUGGAGAACUGAUGUGCCCGAGCACGGAAACAGGUUUGUCGGUUUGCUUGGUGGUGGAGUCUUGCAUAUCGUUGGCGGGGCUUCACGCCUUCAAGUAUGGAUAUCUAGUCUCGUCGAAUGAACUCUCAACUUGCUCGAGGGUCGUCAGAUGCGAACUUCAAUCAUCAAAAUAAAUCACAGGAUGAUUCGGUUAGAUUUGACAGAAACCUCUCCAAGAAUGUGGAGAAGGUAGAGUGUUGUAUAUUAUUGAAAUGUAACUUUCCCCUAUAUACAGAAGUAAUUCAUGAAGAGAAAGAACUUCUGACAUCAAAGAUUUGUUUGUAUACUUGUUAGCAUUCUCCAUUGGGAUGUGUUUGUAAAGAGUGUCUCUCUCCAA